UAUAUCAUUUUGACUUGCCACAUCAAGCCAUGUUGAUACGUUGAUACGCCUACUUCCACUAAAAGUGACUCCGUUCCCCACCGACGAAUCUCCACACAAAUAGAAUAUGCGAUACCUUACGGCUUACAUGAUAAGUUGUAUACGACCAGAGGGGGAUUUAGUGGUAGUGGGAGUAGCUCAAGUCAGCGUCAAGGAUUGAUCUGGCAAGUCUGAACAAGACUGAUUUUGACCCAAUCAAUAAACAACCAUCGCUCGCUAAAUGCCGCUAAAUGAUGGUGAUAAGAAUGCCGUAUGUCAACCCCCGCCUGCAAAGAAACAGAGGAAGCAAGAGUUCAGGGAUGCUUGGCUGCAAGACGAUUCAUUUAAGCCGUGGCUGGAACGAUGUGAGGAUGAUCCAUAUAAAGCCCGGUGCAAUUUUUGUAAUAAGAAAUUAGGAGUAGGCAGAUGUAAUUUGUUGAAGCAUAAAGAUUCAGUACAGCAUGCAAUAAAUACAGGAAGAGCGCAAGGAGAGGUAUCGGAGUUGGCUAAUUAUUCUGUAAAGAAGGCGGAAAUAAGAUUUUCACUGGACGUUGUCGAGCACAAUAGAAGCUUCCAUUCCUACAAUCACUUCGUAAAAAUGUUGAAGCAGGCAAUACCAGAUUCCGAGAUUAUGAAGAAUGUUUCCCUUGGAAGAGGGAAAAUGACUGGUAUUGUAAAGAAUGUUAUCAACAAGGCCAUAAUUUUGAAAAACAUGGCAGCAAUGAAAGAUAAAUUCUUUUCGAUUUUACUGGAUGAAAGCACGGACGUUAGUAACACGAGGCACCUUUGCAUUCUGGCGAGAUACGUGAAUAAGGGCAAAAUAAACACGUAUGUUUUAGAUUAUUUACAUAUUAAAGACGGGACUGCGGAGAAUUUAUACAAAUGUUUAAUGUACGCGUUAGAAACACAUAACUUGAAUGUUAACAAUAUAGUUGGAGUUUGUGCAGAUAACGCGAGCAUCAUAGUAGGCAAAAAUAACUCCGUGCUUUCCCGGUUACUAGAAAAUAAUAAAGAAAUAGCUGUAUUUCCUCGCGUGUGCCAUUCGAUACACAUAAUCGCGUACGAAGCUACCAAAUGUUUACCAUCGUACGUCGAAUCAUUUCUACACAAAAUACAUACCUAUUUCACUAAGAAUCCGAGGAAGCAGGUGAACGGGCAACGGAUAAUGAAAAAAAUUGUACAGCCAAGUCCGACGAGGUGGUUGGCACUUACAGAGUACAUAAAGUCGAUUCUCAUUCAAUGGGAUCUGCUUCAUACUCUAUUUGAAAAGACUGUGAGCGAAGCGGAAUCAAAUCUUGCGCGUGAUAUACUUGAUAGACUAAACUGUAAAUUGACUAAAGCAUACCUCCAGUUCUUGAGUCGAAUGUUAAGUGUCACUGCGAAAUUCAAUGUUAUAUUUCAAAGCCCAAAAAUACCGCUUCAUUGUCUAUUAAUAGAAUGCAAUAGAUAUUUAAGAUACAUAGGUAACAAUUUCAUAAAAUCAAAUGUUAUCGAAACGGAAGUUUUACAUGAAAUAGACAUAGUCAGUGAAAGAAAUUUGCUCCCUGUAGAUAAUAUAAUCGUCGAUAGCGAAACGAGAAAGUCGAUACAGAAACUUAAAAACACACAAAAUGCGGAAGAAAUAAAAGAGUUUUUUGGCUGUAUUAAAAAGUUUUAUCAGACUCUCUAUGCAGGCGCUAUUGAAAGGCUACCAUUUACAGAAACAUUUUCUCAAUCUUUCGAUUUCUUAGAUCCAUCUACGACUCUUUAUAUUCCGAAUCACCAAGAUCAAUUGGAUCGAAUAAUUGACAAAUUCCCAUCGAAAUUUGACAGGCAAUUAGUCAAGACAGAAUGGCAGGAUAUGGCCAUGCAUUUUAGUCCUGAAGAAAAGAAGGAAUUGGCCCAAUUAGACAUUACGGAAUUUUGGUAUCGCAUGAGUCAGAUAAAGGAUUGUAAUGACAGUUAUCUAUAUUCGAACGUAGUGAAACUUGCUGAAUUGUGUUUGUCGUUGCCGCAUUUGAACGCGGACGUCGAGAAAUUCUUCUCCGUGAUCAUAGAGAUAAAGAGGAAAGAUAGAAAUAGAAUGAAUACGAAUAUGAUUUGCGCCUUAACUAGGAUUAAAAUAGAUUUCAAAAAUGAGAAUAAAAAUUGUGAAACAUUUGAGAUAACUACGGAAAUGUUAGAUCUGUUUAAUUCGAAGAUGUAUCAUAAAGAUGUUGUGCCAAAACAGUUAGAAGAAAUUAUUGUACUGGAGGAGAACCUUGAUAAAAGCAGCAACAAAGAAGAUAAUUGAUGUGUUAUAUUAGUUGUACUCGUUAUUUAUAAAAUGUUCUACAUAAGUAUUAAUACACUGUGUGACUGUAUGUCUGAAUGUCAGUGUAUGUAUGUCUACAACACCUGUUUAAGUUCAAUAUAAAAUUAUAAAGACGUGUAUAUUAUGUAUUAUAU